AUGAAAAAAGCCCUUACAUCUCUUGCUGUUCUAGCCAGCGGUUUUAUCGCCGUCCAAGGUGUUUCAAUUCCUUAAUUCAAUAAGCUCAUGUAACAAACCAACAAGCAGUUGAGCCAACUCUAGGCUUAAGGAGGAGAAGACGUGUCUGAUCAAUUUGUCUCAAUAGGCGAUGGAAGAAAACCUGAGUUGGCUUCUAUUGAGGAACUGCUCUCCUCGUUCACAGAAUUAUUUGACAAUGACAAAGAUUUAGGUGAUGCUGUCACUCUUCUUAAUACUUAAGAUGGCGAUGAAGCCUAGAGAAUAACAAUGAAGAAAGUCUCUGAAGAAUCUGAUGCAACAGCUUUAUUUGCCUAUACUAAUCUCAAAUAACUAGUUGAUGGAGAUGAUGAUGGUGAAGUUGAAGUAGUUGUUUAAGGCACGCACUUGCAUGAAGAAUGA